AUGAUCAUCCCCGUGCGCUGCUUCUCCUGCGGCAAGGUCAUCGGCGACAAGUGGAACGCCUACCUGGCGCUCCUCAUCGCCGGCAAGACCGAGGGCGACGCCCUCACCGAGCUCGGCCUCAAGCGCUACUGCUGCCGCCGCAUGGUCCUCACGCACGUCGACCUGAUCGAGAAGCUGCUGCACUACAACAUUCACGAGCGGCGACAAACCGCCUGA